CUGUCAGAAUGACCAACCAUCUAAACCACAAUGUUCCAUCAUUCAAGUAAAAUUAUUUUAAACUUCAUAAAUCCUAAUAAUUUAGUUAUGGUUUAUUCGUUUUGAGUUUAUAACAUUUAAACCAUAACAAAAAGUAGGACCAGAGGUCAAAAUAGUGUUUUAUAAUGAUUUUAUUUAUAAACAUAACAAUUAUUUUUUGAAUAAUUCAACUUAUGAGCAAUAACUAAAUGUGGAUUGUUAUCUGAUACUACAUUGACAAAAUCGGGCGGUUAGUGGCAACUAUAUAUAUAUAUUGACCAAUAACUACAGAAUGCACUACGAUCGGUUUUCAUUUAUUGUACUUUAAAGUAUUUUAUCAGAUAUGCUAAAUGAGUUAUUUUUCAAUUAAUAGGGAAGUCAGCCAAUGCCAAUUAGCAGUGGGGGAACUCAUGAAAAAAGUAGUAAUUUCAGUCACAUUAACAAACCUGCAGUGAACACAGAAGGAAAUGCAGUAUCCAAACCAAAUUCGAAAAAACUUCUCACGGUAGCCCCCUCUGUGUUGCCAUUGUUGCCUGCUGUACCCAGACCUCCCAAACUUCACCAGCGAUCAAACACUACAUUCAGUGGUGGGGUCUGUGGUGUUCCUGGAGAGGCAGAAAUCAAAGAAAACAACAAAGAUAGGAUCACGUUAGACAGGAGAGGUCUAACAUCACUCCCUGUACUGGCAGCUGAUGCCCAGGUGAAGUUAUUGUCUCUGCAACACAAUCUCAUCACUCGGCUGGACAACAUCUCUACCAUUGGAUUGUCCAAGCUGGUGUUCCUAGACGUGUACGAUAACCAACUGGACCGCAUUGCAGGCCUUGACACGCUGGCCACCUUACGUGUCCUGCUUAUGGGCAAGAACAGAAUACGGCGAAUGGAGGGACUGAAAAAUCUGGUGAAGCUAGAGGUACUGGAUCUGCAUGGGAACCAAAUCAGUCAGGUGGGAGGUCUGGCAAAUCUCUGUGAGCUCAAAGUGCUAAACCUUGCGGGGAACCAGAUCCGGACAAUCGGUCCCUCGGACCUGCAGGGACUGGGCGCUCUGCAGGAGCUCAAUCUACGACGCAACCGUCUCAAGCGGCUGAUGUGCUUUGGCGACACGCCUCAGCUACAGAAACUGUUCCUCAGCAACAAUGAAAUUCAGACUAUAGAAGACAUGAGCAGCGUAGUGAAGGCAAGUCAGGUGCGGGAGGUCAGUGUAGAUGGAAACCCCAUUGCUCUGGUUGGAGAUUGUGUCUCAUUCCUGGUCUCGUACCUUCCCAAUCUGGAACUGCUCAGUCAAGUUCAAGUAUCGGAGCAAGUACGCAAAGCGGCAAUGGCAUGGAGAGUCAACAAGGAACAGACAUGUGCAGCAUUCUCCAACCUGAGUGCGGGAAUAACUGAGGAAGAGGAGAGCAAACGAGAAGAGGUAAUCUACAAUGCCCGAACAAACUGGGAGUUGCUACGUUCACAGACCACCAAAAGCCUGCUGGGUCGGCAUAGUUCGUCGCUCAGAGACCUGAGAAGUGAGGAGAUGGUACCACCUAGUGACACUCUACCCCUAUCAGCCCGUGCGGUCCACUUGCCAGAGAGGGCUCAGGCAAAGCGUACCACUUACUCGCAAAAGAGGACAACCUCGCAGCAAGUGCAAGAAGUUGAGAGUCUUCCGGUGACCCAGACAGAAAGUGUAGAAUUUUUCCGCUUGCCACCGAUCCUAGCACCGCUGCUACAGAAGGGCGAGGAGGCAGGUGAGAGUGUGUCCAGUGUGGAGCCAGUAGCUGACAGCUCACUCAGUUCGCUACCUGAUGAGAGCACUAGCGAGAGUGAUGGUGGAAAAGCCGGCAGCAAGCGUGGAUCACGAAGCAGCAGUGUGUCUCAACGCAAACAGAUAUUGACUCAGCGGACAACCACAAGACCAAAGCCCAAACCACCUCCUAACCCGGGAAAAGUGAGGGAACAAGGAGGAGAUUAUUUAGUUGAGAUCAGCGGAAGGUACCUGAAUGUCUACGGUCAGGGAGCUUUGCGGUUCAUUGACCGUCCAUGGAACCCAGUUAAGGCAGAGGAUGUGAUCAAUGUGCGAUUCAACUAUGUCAACUUCAACAGUCUCUGCUGUGUCCUGGGCCGGCUGAAGCAUAGAUUUCCCAACGCAGAACACUUCUCGUUUCGAGAGACCAACAUCCACUGCCUUGGCCAGCUGAAUGCUCUGGCAGACAUCCAGGGGCUUACCUCGUUGACGAUACACACAGAGGGCAAUCCCAUCUGUUCUAAGGAAUGGCGUAGCUACGCUAUCUACAGGCUCUCGCAUUGGGGCCUACGCAACAUCAAUGAUGAGGAGAUCAGUGUGGAGGACAUGACUGCAGCUACAGAAGAGUUCCGAGGACUGAGUGAGCUGGUGCUGUGGUCAUUGCCGGACAGUCUACUGCAACCUCUACUGAGCCGAUUGAGACUAGAGACAUCACAGCAAAGUGCUCGUCACUGGUUGUGGAAUGCGGACCCGGCUCUGCGCACCGUUGUAGCCAAGGAGGCGCUGCAGUGGCGCAGAGCUAAUCUUUCACAGGAGGACAUGCUAUGGAGACACAAAGGCAAGGCGUACUUGGGGACUUUACUAGACCAGACAUGCUCCGCUGUCAUCAAGCUACGUAUGUUAGACGAGCAGUGGUCCACGAUUCUACGAGAGUUAGUACGAGACACACUAGUUGACUAUUCCACCCUAGACGCUUACAUGAAACAGUGUAUGAACAAUCUCAAGUUGUAGUCUCAGUCAUGGUCUUACUGCCAUUUGAAAAUAUGUUACCUCAGUUUUAUUUUGAAGUAAAAUAUGUGUAUAUUAGUUAAUUUUGUGCUGUUAGGACCUUAUCAGUCCUUAUAAAUAAAACUAAAAAGGGGAAAUAGUGGUAAGUGUUCAGUGCAAAUAACUUAAGUUUCUUAAUUAAUAUUAUGACCAGGUGAAGUGUUGUUAUUGGAGGAUCUGUAUUGAAUAUAAAUUAUAAACAAUUAUUGUUACUAGAUAAUUGUAUUUUUAAUCAUUCAUGAACAUUGAGGCACUAAAAUCAAAGUUUCUGAAAUGAAAAUAUUUGCGGACUUGAGAUGAUUCUUAUUUAUGAUGAAGUUUUAAACUUUAUCCCCAUGUUAAAAGCGGAACCUAGAUUGUGUGACCAACACCUAACUAGCAUUCCCUUUUAAAUAUACACAACCAUCCUUUUGAACAAAAACUAUAUAUUUCUGUGGGAAUAAAACGUUUAUCCAAUAAUUACAUAAACUUAUUCAAUGUAGAGUCUGAUAAGGUAAUAAAAUGAGGUUAAACCGAUCAUUCUGUCAAUUUACAUCUUAAGGCAAAAAGCAAAUACAAUGAAAACAUCACAUUAUUCAAAAAGAUGGUUUUCGUAUUAUUGUUAAAAAAACUAUGUCAGUUAUUGUUCCAAGGAAGCAUGAAAACAUACUAAAUGCAUUUUAAAAUAUUCUGCAUUGUGGAAUUUAUUCAAUCCGCUAUUUCUUUGAUUCAUUUGUAUACAAUAAUCUACUAUUUCAUUACUGAAUAGUAAUGACUAGUAUUAUUAAUUAUAUUCUAUGUAGCGUCAGUGUUAGAAUCAAGAUAAUUUGUGUUAAUUUUUCAAUACCACGACAUAUAAUUUUGUCACUGAAACAUUUUAAAAACUAAAGAAAUUAGUCAUAAUUUAACAAAAAUACUACAGUUACGUGUUGUUUAUGAAGGAUGGGUUAUAAUAUUGAAGUACAUUGUCUACUUUAAAUAGCCUUUGCCACAUAGUUACCAAUUCUUUAUAUAAGUACACAGAUAUUACAUAUUUUACAUUAAUUGUUGUUGAUCUCUACCACUGACAUGUAAUGUUGUACUGUAAUAUAAGAGUAUUAAAUCUUCUAUUAAUUACAUGUUCACCAAGCACAAUCAAUUUAAAUAAAUAGUUAUUAUCUAAAAAGUUUAAUUUCAUUUAAAAGGGUAAAACUAUUGGAAGAUACAAAUUUGUACUAAUGUGGUAGACUAAAUAAAUAGUUAGUAAGGAUGCUAAAUAAUUCAAGAAAGUGCAACUUCAAAAAGUUUUUUGCACCUUCAGUUUUGGCCAUAGAAUUAUGGGAGAUGUCUCAUUUUAAAGAUAGUGUGAAUUUGAAUGCUUUUCAGAUUUUAUAAAGAUGUUUUUAUUGAUUAUUUAGAGGAGCAAUCGUAACAUUUUCUUUAUUUAACUUUUUAGUUACUAAAGAGAAAACUCAGGAGCAUUUGGGUUCAAAUUAAUUAUAUUUAAAAAAUAAGACAUCUCACAUGAUUCUUCAAGUAAAAUUAAGAGUGUGAAAUGUUUGUGGUCUUACAAGUUGUUCUUCUGAGGCAAAACUAAGUUUUACUGCAGCUGUCUCUUACAUUGGGGGAAGGCAAUGGAUUUAACUAACUGGAAAUGUUGAAUCACUUCUCUUAUCUGUUUAGACUGGUACUUACUAAAAUGUGGUAGUUCUCCUUCCAGAGUGGCAUGGGUGAAACUGAGUUUAUGCCAUACAUAAUCCUCCCAUGGUUUCUAAUCUGUGGCAUCAGAACAGGGAGUUUCCGAUCCUAAUACAUGUCCUUUUGUUGUGGAAGGAGCGCAUAAGAACUUUUUGGUUAACUCAACAGAUAUUUACAGCUUCUGACCCACAGAAUAUAAAGAUUCCCCUCCUCAUGAUAGUAUUUCAGCUCAAAAUUGUCCAAUCUGACAAAACCUUCUACGUGAUCUAUAUGCCUCAAUUUAUAGUUUCAGUUUGAAAUAACAUAAAGUAAAACUUGAAAUAAAGUUGAUUUCAGUUAUGUUUAUGUUACUGUUGUGCCUCUUAAUGCAACACCAAACAUAAUAAAAUUAUUCAUUUCUUAUAUAAAUAGGGAAAGUACAGAAUUGAUGGCAGGUAAAUCCAGUUUUUAAAUUCUAAUUACUAUACAGAAGGAUUUCUAGUGUAAUUUUAUGAUUUAUUAAAUAAAUAUUAAGAUGAAUUUAUAGUCAUAUAUUAACUAUUCAUAUUACUAUGAUAUCUUAGAUUGAAAGUUUAAGAACUGUGUUAUUAUAAAUGUUAUUGUAUCUAUAUUAAGCAAGUAAAACGUAACUAUUACUGACAUAUUACGUAGGUAAUAUCAGUACCACUAAAAUAGUGUACAGUAUUCAACAUUAAGUAACAUGGUAAACUAGUGGACCAGUACUUUAAGAAUUCCUAUUUAAACUUCUACUAAAGUGCCAUUUUCAUGAUUGAAUUGUUACUAUUGGUACAGAGAGCUCACAACUGCCUAUUUAAUAAAUUAUUAUUAAAUUGAA